UUUCAGUGUUCGUCGCUAGGAAGCAGAGUGAUCAUUAGCAAGUAAAAUGGCGGGUGUGCUGUUCGAAGAUAUUUUCAAUGUGAAAGACAUCGAUCCAGAAGGCAAAAAGUUUGACAGGGUAAGCCGACUACAUUGCGAGUCAGAAUCCUUCAAGAUGGAUCUUAUUUUGGACAUCAAUAGCUGGCUCUAUCCUAUGGAAUUAGGUGACAAAUUUCGCUUAGUAUUAGCAACGACUCUUCGAGAGGAUGGUUAUCCAGACGGAGGCGAAUGGAAUGCAACCGAUCAAGAAGGUGGUUCGAGAGCAGACAGUUUUGAGUACGUGAUGUCGGGAAAGGUUUAUCGGAUCGAGGGUGACGAGGCAAGCAACGAGCCUAGCAGUAGAUUAUCUGCCUACGUAUCUUUCGGUGGAUUAUUAAUGAGGCUGCAGGGUGACGCAAAUAACUUACAUGGUUUCGAGAUUGAUCAACAUAUGUACCUGCUCAUGAAGAAACUUGCAUUUUAAGUUAUCUUUACAAAUAGAUCAAACUUACAAACGAAGAUUUUUAUCUUCUCAUUCUUUGAAAAGAUUUUACAAUUUUUUAUUGACUGAAAUAAAAUAUACGUCAAAGAUUGUUAUUUA